AUGAUCGAGCUAAAAGACGUGCCUGCCUUUACCAGUGUCCAAGAAGACAGCCCUUCCGGGUCAAGCGCCAGAGCAGUUCAUUUCGUCUGGCGCCAGACCUGCGAGAGGCAGCUUUUGAAUCUGCAGGACUGUGGUGUGUCUGAUCGGAAGAUUCCCGGAAUGGAGACUCGCAAAGACUGCUCCAACACUUUCAGCGCGAUGCGGGAUCUGGGAGCUGAUGGGGACCAGGAACAACAGCAUGGUGGGAAUGCAAUGGUCUUGAAGGCUGGAGAGGAAGGAGGCAAGAAAGGGCUUGAGCAGAGCAAGCCCACUGAGGGGGAGCUUGAUGAGGGCAAACCUGCUCCGGGCGAACUUGCUGAAGGCAAGCUUGCUCAAGAAGAGGCUGCUCAGUGCAGUCUCGCUCAGGAAGCCACAGAAGAGGUAGAGGAGGGAGAAAUCAAAGAAGAAGAAAUGGGAGGAGGCCAUGCUGCCGCUGGUAGUUCUGGCCCCGUGGACAACGAGGCCCACGAGGAAGGUGGCCAUGGCGGCAGCGUGGAUCAACAGCAGCCUCAGCCAGAGGCGGCGAUGCCUGAGGGCACCAAUAGUCCCCAGACUGGGGAAAGGCUGCCUGUCAAGCGCCGCACCAGAUUCACCCUGUCUCAGCUGCAGGAUCUGGAGCAGCUUUUCCAAGAGAAUCGCCACCCCAGCUUGAGGAUGAGGAAGGAUCUUGCAAGAUGGCUGGGUGUGUCAGAAGCCGAUGUGCAGGAUUGGUUUAGGAACAGGAGAGCCGUCCACCGGAGGAACACUAGACUGCUGGUGCUGUGCAACACACCCCCUGCUCCCGAGAACAACGAUGCCUGA